UUGGUAACUCACAUCUCUCAAAGCUUAAACCCUUUACUCUCUCUCCUUUCCCACUGUAAAUAUUUGCAGAAACUUGCACUCUUCCAUCUCCCCUCUCCUUCGCUUCACUUCACUUCCCAUUCCCUCUGCAAACAACUUCUGCUGCAGACAACCUUCCUUCCUUCCUAUCCAACAUCCAUUGAUACGUACGGAAGACGGAGGAGGAGGAGGAGAAGAAGAAAGAUGAUAACGGGAUCGGACUUCUACCACGUCAUGACCGCGAUGGUCCCGCUCUACGUGGCGAUGAUCCUCGCCUACGGCUCCGUCCGGUGGUGGAAGAUAUUCACCCCGGACCAGUGCUCCGGCAUCAACCGCUUCGUCGCCCUCUUCGCCGUCCCCCUCCUCUCUUUCCACUUCAUCGCCUCCAACGACCCCUACGCCAUGAACUUCCGCUUCCUCGCUGCCGACACCCUCCAGAAGCUCAUCGUCCUCGCAGCCCUCUUCCUCUGGUCCACCCUUACCCGCCGUGGCUCCCUCGACUGGACCAUCACCCUCUUCUCCCUCUCCACCCUCCCCAACACCCUCGUCAUGGGCAUCCCCCUCCUCAAGGGCAUGUACGGCCCCUUCUCCGGCAGCCUCAUGGUCCAGAUCGUCGUCCUCCAGUGCAUCAUCUGGUACACUCUCAUGCUCUUCAUGUUCGAAUACCGCGCCGCCAGGAUCCUCAUCUCCGAGCAGUUCCCCGACACCGCUGCCUCCAUCGUAUCCAUCCACGUCGACUCCGACAUCGUGUCCCUCGACGGGAGGCAGCCCCUCGAGACCGAGGCCGAGGUCCGUGGGGAUGGCAAGGUCCACGUGACCGUGCGCAGGUCCAAUGCGUCCCGCUCCGACAUCUACCGCACCGGCACCACCCCGAGGCCGUCGAACCUGACCAAUGCGGAGAUCUACUCGCUCCAAAGCUCCAGGAACCCGACCCCGAGGGGCUCCAGCUUCAACCACGCCGACUUCUACUCGGUCAUGGGGAGGGGUUCCAACUUCGGGCCGGCCGACGUAUACUCCCGCGGCCCGACCCCGAGGCCGUCCAACUACGAUGAGGAGAGUAAGCCCAGGUUCCCCCACGGCCAAGGGGGUGGAGGCGGAGCCCAAUACCCGGCGCCCAACCCGGGGAUGUUCUCCCCGAAGAGCGCCGGCGUUGGCGGGGCUAAUGGGAAUGCGAGGAGGGACCUUCACAUGUUCGUUUGGAGCUCGAGCACCUCCCCGGUUUCCGACGUGUUCGGAAACCACGAGUAUGGAGCUGCUUACCGCAACAACACUGAUGCUACAAAGGAACUGAGAUUGGCUGUCUCCCCCGGGAAAGUGGAGAGCCACGGGGAGAACAACCGAGAGGGACAUUAUAACUUGGAGAGGAACGAGCUGAGCUUCACGAAUAGAGAGAACAACAACAGCGGUGCCAGUCAAGCAGCGAAGGCGGGAGAUGCCGGGAAGCCGAAGCCUAUGCCGCCGACCAGCGUGAUGACGAAGCUCAUCCUUAUAAUGGUGUGGAGAAAGCUCAUCAGGAACCCCAACACUUACUCGAGCCUAUUCGGCCUCACGUGGUCCUUAGUCUCAUUCAAGUGGAAUGUUGAGAUGCCUGCAAUAAUAGCAAAGUCCAUCUCCAUACUCUCAGAUGCAGGGCUUGGCAUGGCCAUGUUUAGCCUCGGACUGUUCAUGGCAUUGCAGCCGAGGAUGAUAGCGUGCGGGAACUCGACAGCGGCUUUUGCGAUGGCUGUCAGGUUCCUAACCGGCCCGGCUGUCAUGGCCGCUGCAUCCAUUGCCGUAGGCGUCCGAGGCGUCCUCCUACAUGUCGCCAUCGUCCAGGCAGCUCUUCCACAGGGAAUUGUCCCCUUCGUCUUCGCCAAGGAAUAUGGCGUCCACCCCGACAUCCUCAGCACUGCAGUCAUAUUUGGGAUGCUGAUCGCUCUGCCCAUAACCCUUCUCUACUACAUUUUGCUGGGCAUCUGAAAAUCUGGGGGGAAAAAAAAGAAUAUUAUUAGGAAAAUUAAAAAAGAAAAAAAAAGGAAGAAAUUUAACAGAGGUGAUGGAGUAGUUGAGGAGUAGAGAAAAUCAAUGCCUUUUUUACUGUGAAAUUUCUUUCCUUUUAGUGAAGAAUUUGUAAAAUUAAGUAAGGUUAGUCAAUCAGGAAAAGAAAAAAAAGUGUGCUUCGUUUCUGCUCA